GUCCUUGGUCAUUAUUUUUGUUUACCUUGCGCACGUCAAAUUGCUCUCAAGGCCCUAUAUUGAUAUACUAUUGCCUUUUCCUUUUGCUAUUGAUUCAAAAUCUGCAAAAGCGUUCUGCUCCAGGCUCCAGUCCUCACAUUCUGUUCCUACGUAUAUGUGUUGCUAAUAUUUUUUUAUCGAAUAUUAAAUAUUUAAUACGCUUAUGAGUUACGAGCAGUUACGAGCAACAUCAGCUACAAGUUAAAGCUGAACCUUUGCGAAUCUGCAAAGAUAUCAAUAUCAGGAGGAUGACAUCCAGGAUGUAUGAAUUAAGGUCCAGAGGUUCCAUUCACAAAACUUCCCCGAAAAUGCAAUUACAUGAUUCGGGUACUACCGAACACCCAGCUCGACCUGCUUCAGAGGUGGAUACACCAGCGAUCAGCUCCCAGGCAUUGGCUCAGGAACAGUUGGGACGUGCUGCCCGUCCUGCAUCAGCAGUGGCUGGCCAGCGUACAGUGCCACAAGAUGAUUACAUUUCAGAGGAUGAAGAGCCACCGCCACCAGUAAUGCAAUCUGAGCCCUCUUUCCGUGAUGGAAGUCCCAGGUCGUUCACAAGUGCUCGCGGCCGGCGCACUCCGCCGCCAUCACCUCGGCGCACCCCGCCUCCGUCGCCGCGGCGCGCCCCGCCUCCGUCGCCGAGGCGCACCCCGCCUCCGUCGCCGCGGCGCGCCCCGCCUCCGUCGCCGCGGCGCGCCCAUAAGCCGACCACUCAGUCGGUCGACUCAGCGAACUGUUCGCCGUUAUCACCUCCCGUGCCUUGGUUGGAACAAAACUGUCUGUAUGUGUUGGCGGGUGUAGUGGUCGUGCUGGCAUUGUUCUGUGCUGGGUGCUGGUGGAGCGGCUCCGACCUGCCGCCGAAGGUGGGGUUUGCCGGUCAGCCUCCUUCCAACGCUGGUCUCGAACGGUGGCGCCAGGCGGUGGACACACUGUCCAGUCGUUUCCCGUACCAGCGGCGCCGGCUGUGGACGGUUCUGCGCGCCACCGUCAGCCGAAUGCUGCUGGAGUCUCGCCAACCGGCCGUGGUUCUGCUGCUCGCCUCGGAGGCCGAGAGGGACGACGUCCAGUGCCUGAUGCGCGCCGCGGCCGCGGCAGUGCUCAACGCCACGCAGUCGAGCGCGCGGCCCAUUCGCGUGGACGGUACCGCACUCGGCGCUCUAGACGAGGAGGAGGCUAAAGGUCGGCUCAACAGUGAGCUGGAUCGGCUGCGUGGAGGCCACGGUGUGGCAGUGUUUCUUGUGGAAGAAUUACAACAACUCCAGCCCUUGACCGCCAUGCUGCUGCACGGCUUUUGCGAUAACGAUAAUGCGCCUCGCAAGGAGGCUCUCUUCCUGCUGUCGGUGGUGACGAGCCGCACGCCGCCCAGCGACAGGGACGUGGAGCGUGCCGUGGAGCACGCGCUCCGGCGCGCCUGGGGUCACGUGCUGAGCGAGGAGAUAUUCGAUGCUCUGUUGGCCAGGAUCGCCGGCAACGUGGCCGCCAUCCACGACGAGGGUGGCAGCCUCAUCUGUCAUACACCUGGCGCCCUGUAAGACCGCCGGUGCACUGCUCGCUUGGUGGAGCACUGGAUCAGCACACACUAGUGAUUGUGAUUUGUGGCACUGCCUACUGUUGGAAACUGGCGUUGACGUGUGCCUUUUUGGUAGGCCGGUGUGUUUGCGUGCUGGUACCAUGCUGACUCGCUGUGUUAUCAUGACACAAGCACUGCAAUCGAUUCAUUCAUUAUGGUUGUGAAGGUAAUUAGGUUUGCCUUGGUGGCUUUCAGUGCAUAUGUGAUACUUAUUGCUUGAUUAGGACACCUUUUUGCCCUGCACAUUGACAAUGAUCGUCCUAGACGCUAGAGGUGCACGUCAUUCAUGUGUACAUUAUUGGAAUUUAAAUUAAAAAAGUGCGUGCACCGCUUGCAAUUCUUCAUGACAUUACCUUCACUGACAUUGCUUAUGGUUAUGACAUCGGUAAUGCCUUAUAUAUCUAGUGAUACUCGUGGUGAGCACAUUUUCAAAAGGCGAUUAAUAAAUUUACUUUUUGAAAUAA